AUGCCCACCCAAAGCGCGAUUGUCGCCCAAGAGCCGGGUCGUGCUACCCUGGAACAAAAUGUCCCACUUCCUGAGCUGCCAGAUGACUAUAUUCUGGUCAAAACAAAAGCCGUGGCUUUGAACCCCACGGAUUGGCGUCACAUCGACUUCGUCCCUUGUAAAGGGGCUAUCGUGGGCUGCGACUAUUCUGGAAUAGUGGAGGCCGUUGGCUCCCGUGUCAAAAAGUCCUUCAAGAAAGGGGAUCGCGUUGCUGGAUUUGUGCACGGCAGCGAUGUGGUCCGUCCCAAUGGAGGUGCAUUCGCCGAAUACAUUAUUGCCAAAGGUGACUUGCAAAUUUUGAUCCCUGAAUCCUUGAGCUUCGAGGCGGCCGCCACCUUUGGUGUUGGCCUGACUACUGUUGGUCAAAAUCUGUACCAGAUCAUGGAAUUUCCUUUCCCAGGUGAAUCGGAAGAAGAGUCCGAAGGCAUCAACAUCCUAAUUUACGGCGGAGCCACGGCCACUGGAACCCUUGCUAUUCAACUUGCCAAACUCUCCGGCCUGCGGGUUGUGACAACAUGCUCCGAGGCCAAUCGGAACCUGAUGUUUGAGCUCGGCGCAGACGCCGUCUUCGAUUACCGCGAUCCAGAAGUCGGCGAUCAAAUCAGGGAAAAUACUGACGAUGCACUUGAGUUUGUGUUGGACACUAUAUCUACCCCACAGUCUGCCGCCAUUUGCAGCGCUGCCAUCUCAUCGGCAGGUGGGUCCUACAACGCGCUACUGGAUGUCAAAUCUGCCAGAGACGAUGUUGACUCGCAUGUUUCGAUGGCAUACGACAUCCUUGGAGAGCCUUACCGCAUGGGCACACAAGAUAUUACACCCGACCAAAGCAAUCUUGAAUUCGGUAUCAAAUGGUGGGACAUGGCUCAAAAGCUGCUGGAGGAGCGCCGGAUCCUUCCCCAUCCUUUCCAGGAGAAGAGUGGUGGUUUGGCUGGUGCACUGGCCGGGCUUCAGCUCCUUCGAGAAGGUAAAGUCCGGGCCAGUAAAUUAGUUUACUCUGUCGAUGGAUCCGAUUAG